UAAAACAUAACCGGUCGCGGUCCGCCGCGGCGGGGCUAUAAAACGGCCGCGCGACGACCUCAGAUACAUCAAUCCACUGACGAUCCAACCUACAACGAAAAAACGGGGGAAAUGAACAAUUCAGUGGCUGAAAGCUGCAUAACCCUCUGCAUAUUGCUCCUAGCAGCAUCUACUCUUCUGCAAAUGGCAGAAUCAAAGAAGAGGCAUCCGUUGCAUUUUUCUGACAACUACACUUGCUCGUACAAUAGAAUUUGAAGAGCAUUAUCCAAGAUUUGAAGACAUGAACUUUGUUGGAAACUGUGUGCCACAAAUCCAAGCCAAUCAGAGAGUUUGCUACAGAACAAAAGUGAGGUAAUGCACACACGAGGGCCUUACUACAGCUGUCAACUCUUCCCCAUAAACGACUAUUUCAAGCUCGGAAACCUGCCAACCACGGGAGGAAACCGGAGCUCAGUGUUCAUAGACUCACUCAACAACACUGAAUCUAAUAGUCUGUGUUUCUACAACGUCUUGGUGACUGAGAACAGCUCUGGGAACUGCUCGGGGAUGUCACUGGUUCAUGCCAGUGACCAUCCAGAGAGCUCACACGUCGAUCGUUUGGAAGACGCCAAUUCAAGUGGUAAUUCGACAAACAGUCCACCUUGUGGAAGCUACGUGAGAGUAUCAUACACUCGAGUAGGCAGACAGCAGUACCACACACUCUGCAGGGAAGAACUGGCACAUCUGAAUCUAACACUACCAGAUGUGAAAGCACAAUGUCUAGAAAAUCUGUAAAUUAUGUUUUCAUUUCAUAAGGUCAUUCACUUAUUUUCGAAUCAUUCAUUAUCCACAAUAAAACAUUCCUGUAUCAUCAUU